UUUGUCCCUGUCCAUUCUCAGAUGCAACACAACUCCUUACUGCAGCACUGUUGUUCUCUGAAUACAUCUGCUUGGCUAUCAUGUCAUUCCCAUACUCUUACGCAACUCUUGGUCUGGUUCCUGGCCUGAUCUUGACCGUUGUCGUUGCUGGGUUGGUCUUGUACACCUCGCUUGUUCUCUGGGAAUUCUGCCUGCGCCAUCCUGAAGUCAAGGAUGUCUGUGACAUUGGUCAAAUGCUUUUCUGGGGCCAGAGGUGGGCAUGGUGGGCCACAGCCUUCAUGUUCAUCCUGAACAACACUUUCAUCCAAGGUCUGCACUGCUUGACAGGAGCCAAGUACCUCAACACCAUGACAGGUCAUGGACUCUGCACCAUAGGCUUCAGCGCCAUCGUCGCCGCGGUCUCCUUCUUUGCAUCGCUUCCCCGUACUUUCAACACUCUUGCCGUGUUGGGUACAGCCUCUGCAUUCUUCACUUUCAUCUCUGUCAUACUGGCCGCGAUCUUCUCUGGUAUCGAGGAUCAUCCCGCUGGAUAUCCCAAGUUUGGAGAGCCCCGCGUGCUUGCAAUCCCCGAGAAAGGCACCACCUUUGUCGCUGGAAUGUCUGCCUUCAUGAACAUCAGUUACACUUUCAUCGGCCAGAUCACUCUGCCUUCUUUCAUCGCCGAGAUGAAGAACCCUCGCGACUUCCCCAAGGCUCUGUGGGCUGUCACCAUCGCUGAGGUCAUCCUCUUCUCACUUGUUGGUGCCGUCAUCUACGCCUACACUGGAAACCAGUACUACACUGCACCUGCUUUCGGCUCUUUGAGUGACGAGGUGUACAAGAAGGUCAGCUUCUCGUUCAUGAUUCCUACAAUCAUCUUCUUGGGAGUACUCUAUGCCUCGGUAUCUGCUCGCUUUGUGUUCUUCAGAAUCUUCGCUGGAACCAGACACUUGGGCAACCACACCGUGGUCGGAUGGGCGAGUUGGGCUGCCAUCUUGGCAUGCACCUGGGUUUUGGCUUUCAUCAUCGCUGAAGUCAUUCCUUUCUUCAGUGACUUACUGUCGCUCAUGAGUUCGCUCUUCGACAGCUUUUUCGGCUUCAUCUUCUGGGGUAUGGCAUAUCUUCGUAUGCGUGAAGCAACUUACGGGCCAAACUACUGGAAGGUCAGAGGCAUGAGAGGAUACCUUGGCUUUGUCUUCAACUUGGUCCUCAUCGCAAUCGGACUGUUGUUCCUGAGUGGAGGCACUUACGCCUCUGUCCAGAGUAUCGUGGAUGGAUACAACUCCUCGACUUACGGUACAGCAUUCUCUUGCGCCGACAACGGUGUUUAAGCAGACUUGAACACACUGGUCGUCUGAGCGCAGGACUAUACUUCAAAACGUCGAUGAUCAUGAUUGCCUCAUCGUAGCAACCGAUUCAUGUUUAAUUU